AUGAGAAGAGUCUAAUCAGCAGCACCUAAUCUUGAUUUUACCAUGGAAGACAUGUUUAAAAUAGCAACUAAACAGACAUCUGCCUUUGGAAUUGAAGGAUAUGAAGUGACAAAAAAGUAUGCAGACCCUCUUAAAUAAAUGGAAGAUCGUAAGUUUGCUACUCAAAAGAAAGGUUAAAAAAACUUAGGAUAUGUUACAAGACGAGGACAUUAUUUGGAGGAUCAAAAACGCAUUUAUGAAAAACUUCCUGCUCCAAACAAAUACGAUAUUGUUAAACCUUGGGUAAUUCCACUCUAAAUUGCAAGAUCUAAAUCUGCUCCUCCAAAAAGAUCGACGUUUAUUGAUUAAAUCUUUAAAGAAGCCAAGUUAAGAGCCGUGCCAGGUUCAGGAAAAUAUAACAUAGUCCCACCAUUGGAGGAAGUGUUGAAAUAGGUAGAAGAAUAGAAGAAAAAGAAAAUAGAGGCUGUUGAAAGACCUACCUAUUUGAAUGAGAUCUAACAUCUAGCAGUCAUUAAUCCAGGACCAGGAAAUUAUAAUCCAAGGCCGAUUUCAAAAAAAUUAAAAAUCAAUCAAACUAAACCGGCUGAUUUUAUUGCCAAAGACAAAGAACUUGCUAAGAAAAGAGGCAAGUCUGCUCUUCCUGAUAUUGGGACUUAUCAUCCUGAACCAGUCUAAUUCACUACUUUCAAUAAAUUAUUAGAUUUAACAAAGCGAAAGGAUAAAUUAGAUAGGAAUACUUUUGGAAAGGAUGUUAGAUUCAAAGACCCAAAGAAAAGUAAAUCCAAAUAAAUACUAUUACCUGGACCAGGGCAAUAUCCGAUGGUUGUGCAAUGGGCUGGAAAAGAAUAGGAUAAAAAUAAAACCAAAUAAAAAACAUAUUUGCAGGCAAUCUCAAAAGGGUGUGAACGUUCCAUUUAUUAUUGA